CACCGAUUAUGACAGGCUGCUGAAUUUCAAAAUUCAUUUCUGCUAGUCGGUUUUUAACAUGGCUGCUUUGUUGAUCAAAACGUGUUUAAGACAAAGCAUAACAAAGAAAUUGCUGACCGAAACAUUCACUGGUAAAAUAAAGCUGAGACCAAGAGUUGUCCUUGCCGACUUAACGUGUUUACAAUGUUGUUGUUAUCACACUACCCCUGCCCUUUUAGCAAAAAAGAAAAUUUCUCCAGCAGAAAAAAGACGAAUGGAACAGGAAAAACUCUUGGCCAAGUUAAAUCCAAAGAUAAAACCUGAUCGCCCAUCAGUUGAAGUGUGGAAAAAUAUGACUGUCAAAGAGUUAGCAACUUCUGCUGGAAGACCUCUAGACGAUAUACUUGAUGCAUUACAUAUUACAAAUAAAAACUUUCCUUUCAAAAGAGAUACAAUUCUUGAGGAUCCAUCAAUCAUACAUGAAACUGUCAAAAAACUUGGAGCCAAAGUAAGAGUUGUUACUCGUCCUAGUGAUAAAAAAGAAGAAGCAAAAGACGAAGAUUUAGAUGCAGUAAAAAGACCACCACCAGACCCGUCAGUUCUAAUUAAAAGAAGACCAGUUAUUACAAUCAUGGGACAUGUCGAUCAUGGUAAAACUACAUUAUUAGAUGCCUUAAGACAUUCAUCAGUCGUUGAUACUGAAUUUGGUGGAAUUACUCAACAUAUUGGAGCUUUUAAUGUGACCCUGAGCAGUGGUGAAAAAAUGACAUUUUUAGAUACUCCUGGUCAUGCUGCAUUUGGUGCUAUGAGAGCGAGAGGUGCUAAUGCUACAGACAUUGUAAUUUUAGUUGUCGCAGCAGAUGAUGGCGUGAUGGAACAAACUAUUCAAAGUAUAAAUAUGGCUAAAGAUGCCAAAGUACCUAUAAUAGUUGCUGUCAAUAAAUGUGACAAGCCAAAUGUUGAUAUAAGUCGAACACACGCUAUGUUAGCAGAAGAAGGGAUUAUUGUAGAGGAACUCGGAGGUGAUGUUCAAAGUAUAAAUAUAUCAGCUUUAAAACGAACAAAUUUGGAUCAAUUGAUAGAUGCUGUAGCAGCACAAGCUGAAAUUAUGGCAUUAAAAGGGGAUCCAACUGGUCUUGUAGAGGGUGUUAUUAUUGAGGCCACUAAUGAUUUACACAGAGGAAAAUUAGCAACUGCUCUUAUUCAACGUGGCACUCUAAGAAAAGGAGACAUUUUGGUUAGUGGAUUAGCUCAUGCAAAAGUAAGAGCAAUGUUUGACCAUUCUGGUACGGUUGUCACAGAGGCGGGUAUUUCAGAUGCGGUACAGAUAAUUGGUUGGCGGGAAUUACCGAUUGCUGGAGAAGAGAUUCUUGAAGUAGAGAAUGAAAAAAGGGCCAAUCAGGUUAUGAAAUUUCGAAAUGCCAAAUUAAAUGAACAAAAAUCAAUAGAACACAAAGUAGCAGCUGAAGAAAAACACAAAAUACAUCGAGUGGAAUAUGAAAAACUUCAAGCUCAAAAACGUGCAUUAGGCGUUAGAAGGUGGAGAAAAAAAGGAAAUAGGGAAAAAGAAAUGGUAGAAGAUACUUUUCCUAGAGUCAGUAUAAUUGUUAAAGGUGAUGUUGUUGGAUCUGUUGAAGCCAUUUUAGAUGUUUUGGAUACAUACACUGAAGAAGAUAAAUGUAAAUUAGCAUUAGUUCAUUAUGGAGUUGGAGCAAUUUCGGAAAGUGAUUUAGAUUUAGCUAAAGCGUUUAAUGCUAUUAUUUAUUGCUUUAAUACUAAAGUACCAAAAUCUUUAAAUAUGGCUAUUGAGAAAGAAAAUAUUUCCAUCCGCCAUCACAACGUAAUAUACAGAUUAAUUGAUGAUCUAAAAUUAGAAAUUAAUAAAAAGUUACCAAUUAUUCAAACAGAUGAAACGAUAGGUGAGGCUGAGGUACUUAAAGAAUUUGAAAUAAACGAAAAGAGGAAAAAAAUUAAAGUUGCUGGGUGCCGAUGCAUAAAAGGUCAACUUAAAAAGUCAGAACUUUUUAAAAUUAUUCGAGACGGUGAAGUCAUUUUUAGAGGAAAAGCAGAUUCAAUUCGGCACUUAAAGAAUGAGAUUGACACGGUCAAAACUAAUAUGGAAUGUGGUGUGAAAUUAGCGAAGGUUGAUUUUGAAAUUAAACCAGGUGAUAAAUUAGUUUGUUAUGAGGUUGUAGAUAAAAAUCAAGAGACUGACUGGGAUCCUGGAUUUUAGAUUAAUAUAUACAAACUAUUUUGUACUCGAUCGUUAUUUGUAAAAAGGAUUAAACGAAAUCUUGUAAAUACCAUUGUAUAUACUCACGUUAUUUUUGAAAAUAA